UGGGCCGGGACCCGCCUCCGCGCCCGAAUGGGCGAGGAGAGGAGAGGAGAGGCGGGGCCGGGCCGGGCCCCGGGGCGGGCGGAGGCGCAGUGGCCGGUGGGGAGCGGCGGGGAUCGGGACGCGGUGUGGGCGCUUUCCCGAGGGGACGCGAAGCGAGGUCAUCAAUGAAGAGUGAAGAAAUGGCUAAAUUGACCCAGUUAAUUGACAAUGACGUCUUCCGGGCUUAUGCUACUUACACAACUAUUGUUCUUCUAAAAAUGAUGCUAAUGAGCCUUGUAACAGCAUACUUCAGAAUCACGAGAAAGGCAUUUGUCAACCCAGAAGAUGUAGCAUCAUUUGGUAAAGGUGAGACCGCUAAAAAAUAUCUGCGGACUGAUCCGGAUGUCGAACGUGUACGCAGAGGCCACCUGAAUGACCUUGAAAACAUCGUCCCGUUUGUUGGCAUUGGACUGCUCUACGCUCUUAGCGGCCCUGAGCUCUCCACGGCCUUGCUGCAUUUCAGGAUCUUCACCGGGGCUAGGGUCCUUCACACUUUUGCCUACUUGAUCCCUCUUCCCCAGCCUGGCAGAGGUUUGUCUUGGGCAGUUGCCUACGCGGUGACCAUCUCCAUGGCCUACAAAGUGCUGAAGACGGCGUUGUACCUGUAGCAGGGUGGUAGCUUCUGCCCACCCUUCCACAUUCCACCCCAAUUCCCCAGCGGUGUGUGUUGAUGUCUCGAAUGAGCCAGCGUGAGUUUUCUGUGGUGACUGGAAUUAAUUUUUUAACAGAGGGAGGGAAAAAAAAAUAUAAAUAUAUCCUUCUCCCCAUAUUCCCUAUUCACAGGCUGCGUUGCCAAAAUGUUAGAUUGAAUGUUCCCUUUGCGAUUUGUCAAGUGCUUAUGAUUCUAAACAUGCGAUGAUGGUGUAUUGAUAGCAUGUGUGGUAAUUUUCUACAGAUGCACUAUUUUUGGCUGUAGCUCUGAAGUCUAAAUCAAUAAAGACAAGAGG